GUUUCGGGAAUUAUUUUCCGCUGCACAUAAAGAUUAUGACUCACUUAAAAUUGUCUCAGGAUACACUUCUUCAGGGUUUAAUGGGGUUUUUUCACCAUAGCUCUUCUGCAAAGCUGAACAGCCGAGGAAACACAUGCACACGAUGUGUUGCAACUUCAAAUGUGGGGAGAAGUAGCAUUAGCGCAAUAUAAUGCUUCGCAGAUGGAGGGCUAUCUGUUUACAAGUACAUAUUUACCCUCUAAGAAGCAGCUGCAGGCCUCUCUUCACAGUUGCUCAAGAAGUAACAAAGAGAGAAGACCCAUAUACGUUGAUGAAAGAAGAUGGUAUUCAGGUAUGUUCGGACAUGUGGAUACAAGCUUUUAAGAAUCAUACCAAACCAAUAACCAAUGUUACAAAUUUUUUAAAGAGGUUUGAGUUGUGGGUACUUGCUUAUCAGAAAGUUUAUGCUGAUGAAACUGGCAUGCCUUGUGCUAAGAAUGCAAUUCACUGGAAUGCCUUAGAAAAUUUGUUAUCACUUAGAAACGCUGUAUUAGAAUCUAAAUUCAUGUGGGAUUCAAGGACUGAUUUUUAUAUUAGGUCCCCCAAGGAUAAGACUAGGUUGGAGCAGCAGCUGUCUAAGACCAAGCUUAGACAACUCAUGACAUCUGCACAGCCGAGUCCUUUUCAAGAUAGGAUUGUGCAGGAAGUUUUGCUUAUGAUCUUGGAACCUAUUUUCGAGCCUAGGUUUAGUCAGAAAUCUUAUGCGUUUAGGCCUGGAAGGAAUGCUCAUACCGUGCUGAGAGUCAUUAGGAGUAAAUUUGGUGGAUAUGCUUGGUUUUUGAAGGGUGAUUUGAGCACCAUAUUCGAUGGGCUUGAGACUAAGAUAGUAAUGGGUUGUCUUUCAAGGGUUGUUAAAGAUAAGAACGUGAAUGGGCUGAUCAGGUCAGCUCUUAUGAAGCCUGUUAUGAAUACAUCAAGCGAUGAACGAAAGAAAAAGAAAAAGAAAAAGAAGGGGAAAUUUCCAAGGAAGAGGUAUUUAGCCGAGGACGAGCCCAAGCCUGAUCCUCAUUGGCUAGAGACCUUCUUUGGAUUUGCGCCAGAAGAGGCAGCUAAGGUUCCAUCAUGGGGACACUGUGGAGUGUUGAGCCCCCUUCUCAUGAAUAUAUGUCUUAACGAGUUAGACCAGUGGAUGGAGGAAAGGAUUGCUGAGUUUUAUAGGCCUUCAAGUUCUGAUGUUAUAUGGAAGGAUUCCAUUGAUGCAGGAAGCUACAAUCCUGCCUGGCCAGAAUUUGUUCCAACUAGUAGUAGGGAGAAAACUAGGAAGAUGGACUAUAUUCGUUAUGGUGGGCAUAUCUUGAUUGGAGUGAGAGGUCCUCGUAGAGGUGCUAAUUACAUUCGGAAAAAAAUAAUAGAAUUUUGUGAAGAGAAGUAUGGCCUAAACCUUGAUAAAGAUGGUUUUCCAAUAGAACACAUAAGCAGGGGGAUUGUGUUUCUGGACCAUUUAAUCUGUCGGCGUGUAAUAUAUCCAACCCUGAGAUAUACUGGAACUGGUGGGGAAAUUGUUAGUAAAAAAGGUGUAGGUACUCUGCUUUCUGUUACCGCCAGCUUGGAGCAGUGUAUUUGUCAAUUUCGAAAAUUAAGAUUUGUUAAGGGUGAUAGGGAUCCUGAUCCACAGCCUUGUUAUCGAAUGAUUCAUGCAACUCAGGGACACAAUAACUCACAAAUGAAUAAGUUUCUUGAAACAAUGGCAGAGUGGUACAGAUAUGCAGACAAUCGAAAGAAAGUAACUAGAUUUUGCUCCUAUAUUGUUCGGGGGUCUCUUGCAAAGCUAUAUGCUGCCAAGUAUAAGCUUCGCUCUCGAGCCAAGGUUUACAAGAUUGCCUCCCGCAAUCUCAGCCGUCCGUUAAAAAGGAGGGAAGGGCAUGUGCCAGACUACAAUGAUCUUUUAAGAAUGGGGCUUGUAGAUGCCAUCAGUGGCAUUGAAUUUUCUAAUAGUGCUUUGAUACCUACAACUGACUACACUCCCUUUUCUACGAACUGGAUACCAGACCACGAGAAAGUUUUGCAUGAAUAUAUAAAUGUUCUAACUCCAAAAACGUUUCGAGAACAACGGGCUUUACUGAAGCAAAAGGGGCUAGUUACACCACAGGAGUACAUGUCAAUUAUGGUGUGGAAUUUCAAAAUGUAUGGUGUAUUUGUCGAUGGCGUGCCUAUUUCGGAAAAUCAGUUCAAACAGCAAGGAGAGGUACCUGAAUCCGGAGACAAAGGUGAAAAAGAUAAAACAAUCCCAUAAGAUGCUGAGGCAAAGGUCAAUAUGAUCUCUUUCUUCCAGUCAAAGGCCAUAAUCUUGAAGCAACAGAAAGGAUACAUCUUUGUUGGUGAUUGUACCACACAUCAGGCAUUGCAGCUCAGGGGCUUGUAUUUUAGAGUAGGAGGCAACCGUGGGGGAGCUUAAGCAGCAUAGUCUGUAAGUCUGUGCUAGAUAAGUGAUCCAUUUCAAAUUGAUGUGCAUCAUACCCAUAUAAUAAAUAAGAGAUUUGAUUCUUUUGAACA